AUGGCCGAGCUGCUGACGCCGCGCGAGACGCUCGACCGACACAUGCUGCAGACGGUGUGCGGCCAGUGCCACCGGCUGCUGGCCGACUUCGACCAGGUGUCGGAGCAGGCGCGUGGCCUGCGCGCCACCAUCCAGAGCGUGUUCGACCGGAGGGCGUUGCGAUCGGCGGCCGAGUCGCAUGAGGCCGGCCGGCUGACGGCCGCGGCGCCGCGGUUGGGCAGCCGGGCGGCGCUACGGCGGCACGAGGCCACGCACGGCUCGGGCGGUGGCCUCGCGUGCGCCACCUGCGGCAAGUCAUUCCGGCGGGCGGCGACGCUGCGCGCCCACCAGAUGCUGCACGACGAGCGCGGCCUGCGCUGUCCGUACUGCCCGCAGAAGUACACGUCCCGCCAGGAUCUGGAGCAGCACGUGGCGCGGCACACGGGCGCGCGCAACUGCGCCUGCCCCGAGUGCGGCAAGACGUACCGCUUCCGCUCCAACCUGACGCACCACGUCCAGACGGUGCACCGCAAGGUCCGGCUCGAGUGCACGCUCUGCGGUAAGACGUUCAACAUGCAGAAGAAGCUGAAUCCGCCACCGGAACAUCGUGCAUGGACGGCUGCGGUUCAAGUGCUUGGAGUGUGA